AUGGCGGCCCGGCAGGUCCCCGCGCUGGCGGGCGCGGCGCUCGGGAGGCGGCCUCCGGCUCUCGGCGUCCGGAGAGGUUGGCAACAGCAGCUCUGCUUCGUCCCGUGCUCGGCUCCCGAGGGAGACGGCGGCGGCCCCCCGACCCGCAAGCCCGAGGGGCGGCCGGAGCGCCGAGCGCUCACCGCGGCGGAGCGGCGGAUUGUGGAGCUGCACGAAGCCGCGUGCGCGGCUGGCCAGCUAAGCUACGCCGACCCUGCUACCGGCCUUGCCGUGUUCACAAGACUGGCUCACUUGCAGAGAGGUUCUUGCUGUGGCUCUGCCUGCCGACACUGUCCGUAUGGUCAAGUCAAUGUCAAAGAUCCAUCCAAAAAGAAGCAAUUCAAUUCUUAUUUUUAUGUUUGACACAAUUGCAGUUCUCUAACUGAACUUUUAUUUAAUAAAGAAAGCUCCAAACCACA